AUGAGCUUAUGUUUAACAUGUGGCGAGCGCAUAUUGAGGAGAUGGGUCCCGAGGAUCCCGCUCCUCGCACCAGGGGAAUUAUUUUGCCCCACUUCUUUGUGGAUGUCGCGUGAUUUUGGCGGUCUGUCGUUUAGAUUGACGCAACUCCUGACGGGCCACGAGUGUUUCAGCGUGUAUCUGAAAAGAAUAGGCAGGUACUAUUCCGACGGCUGUGAACACUGUGAGUUCAGGACCGACGAUGCGUCCCAUACAUUAGCGGAUUGUGAGGUGUGGUCCUUUCUCCGCGACGUUCUAUCGGACAGCGUGGGCAGUGCCCUGAAUGACGAGUCGAUCGUGCCGAUAAUGCUCUCUAGCGAGGAGAACUGGAGGCUCGUCGCUUCCUUUGCCGAGGACGUUAUAUUUGUCAAGGAGUGUGCGGAGAGGGCGAGACAGCGAGGUCCUUUAUCGGACGGAUAG